UUGAGAGGGUGCAACAGGCUUCAAGAAAUUUCGGAGCUUCCACCAAAGUUGAAACUGUUAGAUGUGGGAGACUGCAUAUCAUUGGAAAGAAUUUCAAAGUUAUCAAACAUUUUCAAAUAUCAAGAAUCGCAAAUGUUUGGGUGGCUGGACUUGACCAAUUGCUGGAGGUUGCUUGACAAUCUGGUUCAGGAGGCAGAGACGAAAGGUUUGUUGGUGAAUUAUGAUCAUCAGGUGGAGGCUGAUCUCUUCUCUGUUUUUCUAUCUUCUCAGAAGUCUGCAUUCGGGGUUGUACUUCCAGCAAGUCAUGAAAUUCCAAAGUGGUUCAGUUGUCAAAUGGAUUUCAAAGGGAGUGGACAGUUUGAAUUUGAUAUUCAAGUCCUUCCUAAUUUCAAAUGGGAGAACACAGGAUUGGCUCUAUGUGUUGCUACCAAACGGAUGCGCUAUUGGGGAUUCCAAAUUUUUAUCAACGAAGUACUACUGCCGAUUAAAAAUUUACAUCGUUAUAAUGGUUUUAAUUGUAGAGGUGGUGCGGCUCAUGUGUUGCUGUUUUAUAUUCCGUUCGAUAGAAUUGAUAUGAGUCCAUUUGGUCAUAAGCGUCCGCUGGCACCUUUCCAAUGUCGAGUUAGUAUUUUUCAAAGACACUAUCCUAGCAUGGUUCCCUGGAAAAGCUGCGGAGUGCACCUGGUAAUGCCACCAAAUGAAGAGUGCAUGAAACUAUCCCACGCAUGGAACCUCAGGGAUAGCUGCAAAACAGAGGACGACUUUGUUCUUAAUUUGGAACCAAGGGACCAUGGCAGCAAGUGGGCGAAUAGCUCAAGAGAAGAAGGGCCGUCCCGGAAGUAUCUUUAAUUGGGAUUAAGUGAAAUGGCUGGUCACAAGAUUACUGAUGCUGAAGGACCGAGUGUUGUCAAUGAGAUCUGUAGCAUAACCGCCCUUGCUUUAAUGCAUCAAUGGCGGG